CUAAAAACAGAACUGAGAGAGAGAGAGAGAGAGAGAGAAGAAAAAGCAGCGAGCAGAUCAUGGAGAGGACUGGCCACGUUUUAGUAUUUCUCCUCCUCCUCGCAGCAGCCUCCACGUCUACGGCUGCACGCGACCUGGAAGCGGAGCUGGCCAAGGGCAAGGGGAAGGGCCAGGGCGGAGGCGGCGGUGGAUCCGGCAUCCCGGGGUUCGGGGCCGACCCGGGUGGGUACUUCGGCCCGGGCAGCGGGUUCAACAUGCCCGGCUUCGGCGGCGGGUGGGGCGCUGGAUACGGCGGCCCCACGGGCGGGUACUCGCGCGGCGGCGUGGUGCGGCCCUCGGUCGUGUGCUCCGAGAAAGGGCCCUGCUACAAGAAGCGGCUAACCUGCCCGGCCAAGUGCUUCUCCUCCUUCAGCCACUCUGGCAAGGGCUACGGUGCCGGCGGCGGCGGCGGUGGGUGCACCAUCGACUGCAAGAAGCGGUGCGUCGCCUACUGCUGAGUGCCGCGCCUCCCCUUAACGUGUCCUGUGCCCUCUCUACGGUAGUCCGUAUGUAUGAGUAGGUGUCCUUCGUUAUACUUUGUAUUAUUACGUAUUUCUAGUUAUAUAUAUAUAUAUAAAUAUUUACGAGAUGGAUGAAUAAAGAGGGCUUUUAUUAUGAGUAAUCUUUAUUGUUGUAUUAGGUUUAUUGGGAUAAUAUAAUAUGGCCAGUGUUCUUAGCUGGUAAGCAUUGCCAUUA